AUGCGCGUGAAGGAAGGACAUGAACAAGAUAUCAGUAUUGCAAGAAAUGGCAUUACAGUUCAUCCUCAGUACAACACGAGAACAACGGAUUAUGAUAUUGCAGUCAUCAGACUUUCCAGAAGUGUUCAGUUUACACAAAGGAUAAAGCCCGUCUGUUUUAACAGAGGCAUUGAUUUCACUGGUAAAGUAAUGCAAUAGAAACUUAGGCCGAAAAGGCGAGAUAUUGAAUGCUAUACUAUCAUUAUCAAUAUUAUGUUUAUCACUCAACAGCCCAAGUAAGGGAACAUUGAAACGUCGCGCUUUUCAUGUGCCGCUCCUAUAUGGAUGUGGUUUGGCACAUGAAAAGUUCGAGAGCUGGUUGUACAAAGGCCGGCCAUGCAUGCAGUGCUAUAUCCACCGAUAUUUUUUCAAGCUUUCUAAAAUUGUCCGUUGAUUGGUAUAACCCUGAUUAAACUUCAGUAUAUAUAAAUUAAAGAUUCUUUUUAUAUAAAUAAAUAGUUAUAAAUGUUAAUCUUUGCCAUCAUUUUUCCAACGACAAAAAGACAAGAUUGCAAACGCUUUUUGUUUUUCUACUGGUAUUACGCCUAUUAGCAAAAUUGCAAUAUAAAAUUAACCAAUGAACAAUGCAUUAUCACGUCACAAAUGCCUGCAUGUUUAUGGUAAUGCACUUGAUGGUAAGGUCUUGAACGCUACCUCCAAAACAACGUUCGUGUACAUAUAUAGAUCAAAUACCGAAAUUAUGGUAUUUCUAUAUAGGUCAACGUUGUUAUAUCACUGGAUGGGGCAGACUGCAAAGUGGAGGAUCAACGCCAAAGGUCUUACAGGAAGCUCAAGUUCCUAUUGUAACUCCACAAGAAUGCAAAAAAGCAUACGGCAGCUCGCUCAUUACUGAUAAAAUGCUGUGCGCUGGAUAUUCUCAAGGUGGUAUUGACACUUGCGAAGGUGACAGCGGAGGUAAGACUCAAGAACAGAUAUGAUUUGUUCGUCUGCACAGUCAAAACGACAUGCCAGCAACCACUAUGCAAGAUCUACAAUCCAGACCAAAACUUAUGUGGACACUUAAUCCAUAAUAAUAAUAACAAACAGCUAAAACCCGAACUCACAGGCAUACCCCCCCCCCCUCUUCAAUUUUGAUAUCCGAAUUAUAUACACUUCGUAUUUGAUUAAAUAUCCCAUUCAACAUUGGCUUGUAGUGGCGCCGGAUAAUUAUGUAGAAAAAACACCACUUGAGUCCAAUGUCUGUGGGUUGUCCACAACGUUUUGGCCAGGAUUGUAGUUGCCCCAUAUAAUUGCCACAGGUAAGAGUUUAAACCUGCAAAGGUACAGUGUGCCACUAACCAUUUAAAGGCAACCGUUUAAACCGACCUAAUUCAAUGUUGUCUUCCUUUCGCAGGUCCACUUGUUUGUCAACAUAGUGAUCGUUCAUGGUAUCUUACUGGUGUGACGAGCUGGGGUCGUGGAUGUGCAUCUGCCGGAUACUAUGGAGUUUAUGCUUAUGUUGCCAAACUUUACCCCUGGGUGAAGCAAGUUACAGGACUUUAAUUUUAAUAUACUACCAGUAGUUUGAUAGAAAUACUUAAUAACCUCUGAAAAUGCAAAUGCAAAAAUGAUUCUGAAAAUGCAAAUGCAAUAGUGUAACCUAAACCACAUGUUUUGUCAGUAUUCGUCAUAGUCUAUAGUAUAGACCAUUCCGGUUAUUAUGUCACGACUAACACUGUUUUCAACUUAGGACCAGGGACGCCGGAACUGGGGGGCAGGAGGGGCAGCCUUCCCCGUUGCCCUUUACCAGGAGGGGCAAGGGGGGCAAAGGUGCCCUUUAAAUUUAAAGGAUUGCCUUGUCGAAAUAGCGAAUUGUCAGAAAUGUUAGACAGUGCAAUUCUUUUAGAAAUUUGCUUCAGAAAACGCAAGAAAUGCAGCCAUCGAGCUUCAAGAAUAGCGCAAUCGCCUGGCGGAUUAGGUUCAACUCUCGAUGUUUUGCAAACAUCGCUUAGUAUAUAUCAAUUCAAAAGUGCCCUUUCACGAACAUCUGCCCCCCCUUGCCUUCACAUCGUCCGGCGUCCCUGCUUAGGACCACCUUAAAUGGAAUAGAUUUCAAGUUUGCUUCUCACGAGCUAUGGUCACAGAAGCAGAACAUCCUUCGCCAACACAUGCAUAAAAAUAAUUUUGGAUUUUGACUAUUAAAUGUGGAAAUAAGCUUAAACACGAAAACGACGCUGAGGGGACACGGCGCUGUUGGCCCUUUUCCACAUUUAUUGUCCAAAAUUUUUUUAUGCAUGUGUUGAAGCCCUGGAGAAACAGAGCUCGUGAGAAACAAACUUAAUUAAAGUCAAUUCUAUUUAAGGUGAUCGAUCUUAAGUUGAAAACCGUGUUAGUCACGUGACGUAAUUACUGGAAAGGUCUAUUGUCUUAAACCAUGUAUGCUGUUUUAUUUACCUGAACUCGCACUGUAACGAUGUAAAUCCAUUGAAGAAAUUUAAGUAUUUCUAAACCUUUUUUAACUCUAAAAAGUUUUAAUAAAUUUAGAAAAUAC